AUGGUGGCUAUUCCGUACCCGAGCUCACCCGCGGAUCCGGCUCCCCCGUUUUCUCCCGCUCCUCCCGCCGGUUUUUUUCUCAAACGGUUCCCCCGGUUUGUUUUCCAGCUUUUUUUCCCGAACGUGGGUCUUCCGUUGUGGGUGGUGUUCAGUUCCCGUCCAUCCACUUCUCAUGCUAGCGGACGCUGCCGCUCGCCAUUCGCCGCCACCGUCGCUCGCCCACCGCCGCCGUCGCUCGCCAACCGCCGCCGCCGCUUCCACCGCCGACUCCGCGCCCGGCAUCCAGUCGCCGCUGCUCCCCAUCCGCAGCCACCUCAAUCUCUCCCCAUCCGUUUCCGCCGCCGCCGCCGCCGCUCGCCCGCAGCUGCCGCGCCGCCCCUCUCCUCCUCCGCAUCGACGCCGCGCCGCCCCUCGCAUCGACCCCGCACCGCCUCUCUCCUCCGCGUCGACCCCGCGCUGCCCCUCUCCUCCGCCGCCGUCGCUCGCCAACCGCCGCCGCCGCUUCCACCGCCGACUCCGCGCCCGGCAUCCAGUCACCGCUGCUCCCCAUCCGCAGCCGCCUCAAUCUCUCCCCAUCCGUUUCCGCCGCCGCCGCCGCCGCUCGCCCGCAGCUGCCGCGCCGCCCCUCUCCUCCUCCGCAUCGACGCCGCGCCGCCCCUCUCCUCCUCCGCAUCGACGCCGCGCCGCCCCUCGCAUCGACCCCGCACCGCCUCUCUCCUCCGCGUCGACCCCGCGCUGCCCCUCUCCUCCUCCGCAUCUACGCCUCGCGCCCCUCGCGUCGACCCCGCGCCGCCCCUCGACUUCGACCGCCUGUCCAAGUUCCUGGUGGUUUGCCUCAAUGCCAUCCGGGAUGAGGUGGCGACCGAGGACGGCGGCGGCAGCAGCAUCCACGGCGGCGGCGACUGGGGCGUGGAGCUCUGGAGGUCCUGCUCCUCCCCGGCGCCGUCCGACGUGCUCGACACCAGCGGCGCGUGCGCCACGAUGGAGCAGACAGCGUGGCUCGUCUCCACUGCCUGCGACAUCGUCACCAGGAAGGAGAGGCUUGGGAUGGUCGUCUCCUGCCCCUUCCUGCUGUACCUCGUCCCGUCCCAGGAGAAGGCCACGCAGGUGCGAUCGAUAUGCAAACCCCUGAAGCCUCUUGGGAUUCAUUCAGUGAGCUUGCAUUCUGGCGCUUCGGUUGAACAUCAGAUCUCUGGGAUUACUAGGACCUUACAGUGGCAGUUGGUUCGAUUGAGUACUCGGAGUCCAAACCGGCAGCAACGGAAAUAUUCAGAAUACCAGGGUACAGAAUAGCUUAGAAAUAAAAUUAUUCUGAUCAUCUACAUCAACUCAUUUGAAGCUGUGACCUGUAAUGACGAGAUAAAUAGAGAUACUAAACCUUCCGAAGUAUCUUGCUGCAGAACAAUGAAGAUAAACCUGUGACCAGUAGCAGAGAUACACAAGAGGUUUAGUGUUAUCUGAUUUUUCGGGAUGGAUGCCAAGAAGUUCCUGCAGCUGGUCGAAGAGAAG